UGUUGCUUCUUACCCGAGUGUAAAAAGUAGUUAGCGAGCUAGCGUGUAGCGAGUCAAAGCUUACUUCUGCCUUUUCAAUAAAAUACCGUUUUUUGAAACCACGAAAAGUUGGCCCGAGGACAGAAAAAGUCAGGAGUCUCGUCCGAAGACCCAUAUCUUUUCUUCUCCCCGUCCUGUUCCUACCGUCCGCGGGUCCCGUCACAACCGAAAUAGCGCUCUCGAGAGGCGGCGGCGGCUGCUGAAGUGCAGCUGGAUGUGACAGGUUCGUCAUCAGAUCACUGACUGAAAAGUGCCUUGUGAGACAACGUCAUACUGAAGGGUUCCGGGGGACGUUUCUUUUGUCCCGUGACAACCCCCGACCUGUUUUUUUUUUUUUUGUCCUCACCUGAGUUCAGUGUGAAGAAAGCGAAGCGGUGGAGCUGCCGCACUGCGGCCCGAUGUGCCAAAGCUCUUGAGAUAGUCUGCAGUGCAGAGUUUUAAACAAUAAACUGUGCCAUCGCACCUCAGAAUAGCACCACUUUUGCCCCGUUACCCACCCACAAAUCAUCGGUCCCGCGAAGGUCAUUUCGGAGACAUCGGUACAAGUGGAGCUUGUCGCCGAGCAUGCCGCGUCAGAGGCCGGCACCUGAGACUCACUGAUUGGUGAACAGUUAGCCGAGUUACCCACAAACCCCCGUGCAGCCCCAUGCAGCGGACGCCGAGGCUCUGCCAGUCCGUUACCUCCACCGGCCUCACCCGUUCACCCCGGCAGAUCGCUCGUAGCCGCGCGUUCCUUCAGUUUUAGUCGAUUUUUGUUUUGGUUUCCCUCCCCUGCUGGAACGCUGCGAAUCGCCUCCUCAGAGGAACCGCUCCACCCCCCCCGCUGCACGGCCGGCGUUGCUGACAUGGCGCUGAACAUCGCCUCGAUGCGGGACACAAAAUGGCUGACCCUGGAAGUGUGCCGGCAGUUUCAGAGAGGGACUUGUUCGCGCGGCGACGAGGAAUGCAAAUUCGCCCACCCACCCAAAAGCUGCCAGGUGGAGAACGGGAGGGUGAUCGCCUGCUUCGACUCCUUAAAGGGCCGCUGCACGCGAGAGAACUGCAAGUACCUGCACCCGCCCGCUCACCUGAAGACCCAGCUUGAGAUCAACGGGCGGAACAACCUGAUCCAGCAGAAGACGGCGGCCGCCAUGUUGGCCCAACAGAUGCAGUUCGUGAUCCCCGGCACCGCCAUGCAACCCGUGCAGACGUUUCCCGUCAGCCAGGCCCUCGGCUCCAGCGGAGGUCUGAGCUACACGUCGUACCUGACCCCAAUGUCCCACAGCAUGGGCCUGAUGCCCUCAGACCUCAUGCCCAGCGCCCCCUGCAUCGUCCCCGGCAGCCCGCCCGUCUCCGUGACUGGCGGCUCCUCCUCCAACCAGAAGCUGCUGCGCACCGACAAGCUGGAGGUGUGCCGUGAGUUCCAGCGGGGCAACUGCGCCCGCGGGGAGACCGACUGCCGCUUUGCCCACCCGAGCGACAGCCCCAUGAUCGACACCAGCGACAACACCGUCACCGUCUGCAUGGACUACAUCAAGAGCCGCUGCUCCCGCGAGAAGUGCAAGUACUUCCACCCGCCGGCCCACCUGCAGGCCAAGAUUAAGGCCGCCCAACACCAGGCCAACCAGACAGCCGUGGCGGCGCAAGCCGCCGCUACGGCUGCAGCCAUGACUCAGUCGACUGCCAAAGCAAUGAAGCGACCCCUCGAGGCAACUGUAGACCUGGCGUUCCCCCACGGCGUCCUCCAGCCCCUACCAAAGAGACAAGCGCUCGAGAAGAGCAACGGCUCCCUGUUCAACCACAGUGUUUUGCACUACCAGCAGGCGCUCGCCAACGCGCAGCUGCAGCAGCCCACUUUCUUUCCCACAGGGUCAGUCUUGUGCAUGAGUCCUGCUAGCAGUCUUGUCCCAAUGAUGUACAGUGCUACGCCUGCUACUGUCUCUGCAGCAACAACUCCUGCCACAAGUGUCCCCUACGCAGCAACAGCACCAGCCAAUCAGAUUAUCCUGAAGUAAGUUUCAGGAAGGGAAUGGAGUGUCACCAAGCCACACUCGGAAACCCCAAACCGCCCCAGUGUAAAUACUACCUUACCUCUCACGUCGAGGUCCAGCAACCUGCAUGCUAAGAGUGAAACACUUCAAUUUAACCGUGAGCUACACUGCAGUGCCGGUGUAACACACACACACACAUUAAAACAACAUUAAAAAAAAAAAGUUAUAUACUGUACCUACUGCUAGAAAAAAAAAAGAACUAUUAACGUGAAAAAGUUGAAAAUAUUCUAAUGUAUAGUACUACAUACACAGCAGAUACACUAUAGAGGUCAUUUUAACACCCGUUCUCCCAAAGUACCGUGGAUCCCCUCUUUCAUAUUUAUUCUCGAGAAAACGCUGCACAAUGUUCAUCCCCUUUCGGUUAGGGAGACGAACCGAGAGAGAGACGCUCGAUGAGCACCGUAUGAGACAUUUAGUUAGCGGAAGAGUCGCAGAAAACCCGACCACAACUGCACCAGCGUCUCUCAAGAGUGGGUUUUAUUUUAUUUUUGUUUUUAUUUUCUUUGCUUUCCUCUGCGGGAAGUUGAAUGUCCUUUUGGGCGGACGGGCUCUUUUUUUCUUAAUGGGACUGUCCUUGCGAGGGUGGUGACCCUCACCUGGCCCAGAUGCUGUUAAGAUGCCAUGAUGACACCCCCCCUUCCCCACCCAGCACCACCCUCUCCUUCUCCUCCUCCUCCUGCCAACUUUUCAUCUCCAGAAGCAUCUUGCCAAAGCAGAAGAAGGUCGAUGGAAAUCAACCUGCCAGCGAGCGGAGCCACAUCUUAGCACCCUGAUAAGUUCCUCUUUGUUUUUUUCCGUACUUACACGGACUUCUGCAUGCGGUCGGGACCGAGGAGGACAUCGCUGAAGAAAACAAAAACACACACAUACAAAAGAAGAAAGGAAGAAAACCCCCUGACGGCUCGGGUCUGUGCCAAAAGGGCUUUAAACAAACACACCGAGCCCUCGAGAGACUGAUGGUCUGCCGGCAGACUGGGACUCGCAGCGAGGUCGAGCAGGUGGCGACCACACCUGGGCCCGGUUGAAGAGUGGGGGGGGGGUGUGUGUGUGUGUGUCGAGGGGAGGGGGGGGGUUAAAGACUAAACAAAAAUACGGUGCAUUUGACGGCGCUCGUCAAGUAAAAAAAAAAGAAAGAAAGGAAACAAAAGAUUAAGACUUAAGACUUGUACUUGAACUGGGAGGCUAUCUCUUGACCCCCCCCCCCCACAACCCCUCCCCCCACUAUCACCGAUGAUCCUGUUCCAUUUUAGAAAAAAAAACUGUAGAAGUGCCUAAAAAAUGCUCAUGAACGAGAUACACACACACACACACACUCAUUUAUCCAGAGCGCAUCACUCGGAGACACACAAAACACCACCGGCUGUCGGGAGCUUGAGAGGACUUUAUUUCGGGGAAAGACAUCACAAGUGACUCGAUGGAAACGAAAGAAGUCAAAGACCCGACAAAGAAAAAGAUAAAAACCAACUAGCUUUGUAGGACGCGUCGUUUCUAACCACGGUUUGAGUAGUUUACACAAGGAAUGUGAGUGAGACAAAAACAAUGUAUUGUAAGACGUGUCAUGUAAGUAAAGUGUCUCUUUUUUGAGAGUUUAUAUUCAUGGUUCUAGAAAUGUAUUCAGUUAUUUAAAUUUUGUGUUGUGUCUACUAUCAAGGUAUUUUUGACCCCUUCCCCUUUGUCUCCUCCGCCACCUCCACCCAAAACAAUCAUCCUUAUUCCAUUCUUUGUCCACCAACCCUUCGUUUGAAAAGCACGAUCUGACUAACUCUUUAUUUUACAAACCCCCCCCUGAUGUAAUUUCAUGGUGCUUGAUUAACAUCGAUGAUCCACAAUCACUUCACUCUGGUUUCAUGUGUAUAUUUGGGGGCCUUUGUUCGCUCCGAUUGUCUCCACGCGCAUUCUGAUUUGUCAGUGAUUUUUGUGGAAGGUGGUGAAAGUUUUGUUUUUGUCGUAAUUUAUUAUGUUAUUCUUGGUCAAAUUUUAGUCAAACUAUGUUGUUAACUAUUCUAUUUUGAAAUGAAUGUAAUUUAUUGAGCUGUUCUGCACGGUUGGUCAUUUCGAGGUCUAACCUGUCAGGUCAGCGAAUGAGAAGUCGCGCUCGUCUGAGGGGCGGGGUUUAAAAGUCAACCCACCAAUGGAAAGCUACUGGAUCUUUCUUGCCUUCUCACAAGGUCACGGUGUCGCACUAAGAGCAUAGUUAUAGAGUUUCUUGUGUUGUUGGGGAAAAAAAUGUUUAUUGUAUAGAUGACAUUUUACCAAAAAAAGAGCAGAAAAUUUUCAAAAAAUAUGUACUUUUCACUCUAGUAUAAUAGUAUUUCAUAACAAUAUUAAGUUGUUGCCGUGGCAAACAAAUGUUGCAAUUACUAAAGUUCGGUAUUUUUGUAAAUUACAUUGUUAAGAUGUUUGUUUUGUUUCUCUUUGCUAGAACACUGUACACAAGGUAGAUU